CCGAAGAUGCCAUGACAGAAUUAGGCGCAGAGGCGAAAUCGGUGAUAGGCAAAAAAAUAUCGGAAAUGAAUCGCCAACUAAGGAUUAAAAGGAAUUGGAGCCGAAAAAAAAAGAAAUCGCGAGCAAUAAUAUAUUCUGGAGAAGAAAACAUUUCUUAUGACAAAACAAGAUCCGAAGUUGAGUUGGAAGAUGACGGUGAUUCGGACAUGACGAAGGAAAAUAUGUCUGCAAAUGUCUGAUACAAAACGAAAGAGAAGCGAAGAAAACAGCUGGGUCUAGCUGUAUUUACAUGCCUAGGAGGGCUCCAUCCGGGUGUUUCUCUAUUGCGGAGUUUCAUUUGAAACUUCUGAGUCUGAGUACUGCCGUGGGAUUAUAUUCUGCGUUAUCGCAAGUGCUACAACUAGAGGAAGCUGGUUCGAGCGCCGAGGUCGUCCAUCUGUCUGUAGCAUUGAAUGCGGAACUUCUGGAGGCCCGGACUUCGCUAUCUCAGCUCGCUGAUGAACUUUAUGAUCUCAUCAGCCUGCAUUUGUCGCCUCCCUCAGAUUUCCUGCCACCGCAAUGUACAUACGUGCAGUUUGGAUCGCAGAUAUGUAUGGGUGUAGAGGGCACAAAGUAUAGAUUUUGCUUGUGCGGACGUUUCGUUUCUUUGGUAUACACUGAGCAUAACUGUAAGUGUGGUCAUAUUCUGAGAGAUCCGACAGUUCCCAAAAUUGAAACUGUUUGGUUCUCGGAUUUGGAAGACGGUGAUCGCGGCGAGUCCGAUUCUGACCUAUAAUCGCUAGAUCCUUCG